AUGGGUUGUGGGUUGUGGGAAUUUGUUACUAGUGCUCACAAUCUAUGGACACGCAAAAGACAUGAUCGGGACCUUCGCAUUGUGUCUACCUUGCUAUUACGUACAAUUUUGGCCCCAAAACGUCUGUCUGCGUUCCUUGAAAAGCGUUCGCAAUAUUUUGAACUGAAGAAAGCUGCCAAAGAGCAGAACAACGCACAAGCGGAAACCAAAGCAUCUGUCUCCAAAAAACAUGCCAUUGACACUAUGCAUUACUACAUCAAAGAACUCACAUGGGCCAUCUGUCUGAUGUGCCUUCUUUUCGUAAAGGUCGACAGGUUCUCAAGCUCAUCUACUGGUACCAACAAAGGAACAGACUCCAUUAAAAAAACGCAAAAAGUGACACGGUCGCUUCGUUCUGCUGUCCAGCAAUCGAACCCCUUUAAAGUCUGCACUGCAGAUGAGCAACCGUAUUACAUGCCAGAGGCAAGUGAUGACAAUGACGACGACGAUACCGAUGACAAGGACAGCCUGACGAUCCAUCAAUGUGCGCCACUUGCAUACAUCACCAACACAGCUGUAGCUUUGAUCGGUCCUCAACAGAACCAAUGGGCCACCUUCCCUUCUGUCGAUGAAAAAGACCAAUCCCUGCAUAUAUCAACCGACGUUUUGUACACCCUUUUCUCGGGGGAUUUCAAGAUCCCAGCUGAGACACCAAAAGGGGAGAUUACAAGCAAAAGGGAGGCAGUCGACUGGAGGCGCAAGCGCGAUGUUUUCGGUGCAUUUUUCAAGCUUCCCAAGAUCCAACAAGCCAUGGAAUCCAAGAAAUUGACUCUUGCGUACCGCGUUACGUUUGUCAAUCGCCAUACAGUGCGGGUGCUUGGUACUAGAACUGUCACGACUGGCGACUCUGAGCGGCGGGACAAGGAGACCGCAAAAGAAAAAGAGCAGGACAACUCCUCCGGUGAUGACGACAGCAAUAUUGGAAGCGAUGAGGGUACAAGUGUGGCUAAAGUCGCAAGCAAAGGACAAGCGUCUCGAUCGAAAGGAAAAGGGCGAGCGGGAGCGGGAUUGUCUGGAAAGAACAGAUCAGCGAAGGCACGUAAGAAGAAAAAGCAAAAAGCGCAGCGUCGCAAGCGAAAAAGUCAAGAUGAGGAACGGCGGCCAAGGAAACGACAUGCAGCACAGAAGGAAGACAAGGCAGAUAUUGAAGAACUCAAGACUAAUUUGGGGCAGAGGAUCCGCAGAUUGGCAAGUCGACUACCUGGCUUACUAAAAGAAUGUGGGACUCUUGAAGAGAAGCGCGUCGACAUUGGAAGACAGUUCCGUCGUCGGACCAAGAUGAAGGAAGCUUGGGAUCCUGAGCUAUAUCAAGAGCUUCAGGCUGCAAGAGCUGCAAUCCGCCAUUUGUACGUCGCAGAAAUGCAUUGUAUCGGCAAGGACGUGGCCAAGGGAAUUGUCCCUGACGAUAAGAUCGAGUCAACUGUCCAAAAGACCAUUCUCGAAUCUCUGCAAAACAACAAUCCAUUGGCUGUGGCUGGUAUCGACCCAGGACAUGUCGUCGCUGCUACUGCUGUAUUAACGACUACCACUCACAUCUUUAAUACCAUACAGCAAUACACCGAUGGACUAAUUGCACCAUUGCCACCAUCUUUUGCAUCGUCAUCAGCAACAACGCAAGAACAAGGCAUACCACAGCAAUCAUCAAUAUCGUUGCCAACUCCCUUGCCUAAACCACAUACUUACACGUCGAAGAAGAAAAACUCUGCAACAUUUGCAACGAAACACCAAAAACGGCGCGAGAUCUUCAAAAGGAAGGGUAUCGACGAUGCAGAUAGACGGUAUAAGGAAGGUCGCACUCGUGAGCUGCGUCAUAAAAUAUACCACAGCAAAUUAGCUUCGGCUUGGCGCCUACCUGGGAUCAAACCCACAUUGCAUUUCUUUGGUUCGUGGCGGGCCGGCAACAAAAGGUUCAAGAAGCACCAACAAGGUGCAAGCAAAAAAUUAAAGCAAGAACUGGACGCACCGGAAAACAGCCAUCUGUGCAUCACUGACGAGUACCGGUCCAGCAAGACUUGCCCAUACUGCCACGAGCCAACAACACUGCAAAAAUACCGUGGCGAGGAUGGAAAGUUGCGACCGGCCAACGGCGCUCUCAAGUGCACGAAUCUUACGUGUCCCAGUCGCAGCCAAACACCCCUAUCCCCCCCUUUUCCCGAUCACGUGCACCCACCUACAUCCUCUCACCCGCUUUUCAGCGAUUCAAGACGUGACACCAGUCCUGGUGCUCAGCUGUCUCCGCGCGAAGCUGGAUAA